CCGUGCCCAAGCCCAAGACCAAGCCCCUUCCCCAAGACAUUAUUUUUAUAGUUAAUAAAGCCAACAAAUACAAGUACUUGAAAAAUUCCGUAGAAAACUAAAAACAGGAGCAAACCCUAGAGAGAGAGAGAGAGAGAGAGAGAGAGAGAAGCCAUGGGUACGCCAGAAACAUCAAGAGAACCGUGUCCAGAUCGCAUACUAGAUGACAUCGGUGGCGCGUUCGCCAUGGGUGCGGUGGGAGGCUCUGCUUUCCACUUCCUGAAAGGCGUCUACAACUCUCCCUCUGGUGCUCGAUUAGUCGGUGGCACGCAAGCCGUGCGUCUCAACGCUCCUCGCGUUGGUGGAAGCUUCGCUGUGUGGGGUGGACUCUUCUCUGCCUUCGACUGUACCAUGGUCUAUCUUCGCCAAAAGGAAGACCCUUGGAACUCGAUUGUGGCUGGUGCAGCCACCGGUGGCUUCCUCUCCAUGCGUCAAGGUCUCGGCGCCUCCGCUCGCUCCGCCGUGUUCGGUGGAGUCCUUUUGGCUCUCAUCGAAGGAGCUGGAAUCAUGCUUAACCGUAUGCUUAGUGGUCAACAACAGAUGCCUGUGAUCAUCGAGGACCCUCAGCCGAAUAUUCCUGGUUACAUGGGCCAGGUACCGGGCCUGCCCCAAGCCCAACCAGAUUCUUCUUCUACGGACUCUGGUUCGGGUUGGCUUGGAGGCUGGUGGUCGAAGAACAAAGAGUCGGAAUCCACCAGUAGCGGAAGCGAGACGAAGAUCUUGGAGAGCUUCGAUGCCCCACCGGUUCCCAACUUUGAGUACAAGUGAGAAAAAUAAAA